AUAAAGGAGAAACCUAUUCCUAAAGUCGAAACAACUCCUGUUGUAGACAAGCCAAAAGGAACCCCUCCCUCUCCUCCCCUGAAAACGCCAGCCACAGAACCCCAGUUACCCCCUAAAGAUAGGGAAAGACGAGUGAGUAUUAGUUUAAAUUCUGACUCUUUAGUUAUUAUUACCAGUGAUAUUUGUAACAUCAGAACGACUAAUUUAAUGAAACUCCCCUCUGAUUACAAGGACUCGUUUGUUGAAAAGCAUGGAGUGAAGCUGAGACUAAUGUCUGGAUUUGUUAAAGCGGCCAUUAGCACUCUACAGAAGCAGCCAAUAUUGAAUGUUGUUAUUGAGUGCAUUUUUUGUGAAUGCUAUUCUUGGUUUUUUAGUUAG